AUGUUCCCAGCACUGGAAGCAGAGCUAAAGCAGAAGACUCUUCCUGAUCCCUAUGAAGUCUUUAUGUACCAUCAUCUCCAGUACUAUGGCUACUUCAAAGCUGGAAGAGGCAGUGUACCAAGCUCUGCUACGCACCAGCAUGUUCGGAAGAAUAAUCCCCGAAUUGUCUUGAGUGACUCCUUUAGGGGAAGAGAUGAUUUGAUAGCAGACCACCUGGAAAAGGAGAACCUUCUAUGCUCUACCUGUCUAUCCUCAGCUGUGCAUCAACAGGCAGAAGCUGUGAGCAAAGAUUCCUUUAUGCUGAGUUCAUCACUGCUCAGGAGCAGACUCUUUCUUCACGAUGAUUUUGGUGAAGUAAGCCCAUGUCUUCGAGAACCCCAAGAUCUCUUUGCCUUUUACUCUUGCUCCGGGCCACUGCAGGCUCCCAGGUGGCCGAUAGAAUGCGAGGUCAUCAAAGAAAGCAUUCAUCAUAUUGAAAGAGUUCCAUCUCAACCAGAAUAUUUUUAUCAACCUACAGGAAAUGAAAAGGUACCAGAAAUUGUAGGAGAGGAAAAAGGCACAGUUGUCUACCAAUUAGAUUCAGUGCCCACCAAAGGCUCCUAUUUCACCAGCUCCAGAGUGGGAGGCAAGCGGGGCGUGAUCAAGGAGCUCGCGGUCACACUGCAAGGACCGGAAGAUAGCACCCUCCUGUUUGAAUCGAGGUUUGAGAGUGGGAAUCUGCAAAAAGCUGUCAAAGUAGACACCUAUGAGUAUGAACUCACCUUACGAACUGACCUCUACACGAACAAACACACGCAGUGGUUUUAUUUUCGAGUUCAGAACACCAGAAAAGAUGCCACCUAUCGCUUCACCAUAGUCAACUUGCUAAAACCCAAGAGCCUUUACACCAUAGGAAUGAAGCCGCUCAUGUACUCCCAAUUGGAUGCCGAGACCCGCAGCAUUGGCUGGAGGAGGGAAGGAAAUGAAAUCAAGUACUACAAGAACAGCACGGAUCACGGGCAGCAGUCCUUUCACUGUCUCACGUGGACCGUUCAGUUUCCACACGACCAGGACACUUGCUUCUUUGCACACUUCUACCCAUACACCUACACGGAUUUGCAGUGCUACCUCCUGUCCGUGGCAAAAAACCCUGUCCAGUCUCAGUUCUGCAAACUCCGGACUCUAUGCAGGAGCCUCGCGGGAAACACCGUCUACCUGCUCACCAUCACCAACCCUUCCCGAACCGCGAAAGAGGCUGCCGCCAAGAAAGCCGUGGUCCUGAGCGCCAGGGUCCACCCUGGGGAAAGCAACGGCUCCUGGAUCAUGAAAGGCUUUUUGGACUUCAUCCUUAGCAGCUCCCCAGAUGCCCAGCUGCUCAGAGACAUCUUUGUCUUCAAAGUGGUUCCCAUGUUAAAUCCGGACGGAGUGAUUGUGGGGAAUUACCGGUGUUCGUUGGCUGGCAGGGACUUGAACAGGCAUUAUAAAACCAUUCUGAGGGAGUCUUUCCCCUGCAUCUGGCACACCAGGAACAUGAUCAAGAGACUUCUUGAAGAAAGAGAGGUUCUCUUGUAUUGUGAUUUCCAUGGCCACAGCCGAAAGAACAACAUCUUCCUCUACGGCUGCAAUAGCAACGAUCGCAAGUACUGGCUUCACGAGCGAGUCUUCCCUUUCAUGUUGAGCAAAAAUGCACCAGACAAGUUCUCUUUUCACAGUUGUAAUUUUAAGGUCCAAAAGUGCAAAGAAGGAACAGGACGAGUUGUGAUGUGGCGGAUGGGAAUCCUGAACAGCUACACCAUGGAGUCUACCUUUGGCGGGUCCACCCUGGGCAAUAAAAGAGACACUCAUUUUACCACUGAGGAUCUCAAGUCCCUAGGCUACCAUGUCUGCGACACCCUCCUGGAUUUCUGUGAUCCCGACCCCACCAAGUUCAUGCAGUGUCUGGUAGAGCUUAAAGAGCUCUUACAGCAGGAGAUUUAUAAGAAAUUCAAUGAACUUGAACCAGAUAUGGAUGUAGAAAGUCGAUGGAACGACAUCUCUUUGUCUGACAUUGAAUCCAGCACCAGUGGUUCUGACAGUUCCCUCUCAGACGGUCUCCCUGCUCACCUCCUGAACAUAGCAGAUGAGUUGAAUCAUAAGAAGAAAGUGCACAAGAAGAAAAAGAAGAAGCCGCUUCAGACGAGGAAACAGCGAAAUGAACAGUAUCAGAAAAAUAAUGUGAUGCAGGAGUUCACGUCAGCAGAAGAUGCCCUGAAAAUGCCAGGAUUUGCUUCCACGAUGCAAAAGCAGCCUACCUUUUUAAAAAUUUCUGAGAAUGCCAGUUCUUCGACAGUAAGAAAUGAGAAACCAAGGAUGAAUGAGUCACAGUUAAAUGGAAGAGACAGAGGCAUCUCCCUGGACCCACCAAAGGCAACUGGCUUGAUUCUGACUAAAAAGAAAGAAAGAAAGCAGAAAGAAAAACCAGGAUUUACAUGCUCUUCAAAGAGAAGCACAAACACCGGCAAAGAACCAGAUCCAGAUACGAAGCCAGACUGGUCCAGGAACAGGUUUCUUGCCACAAAGAGGGGCCACACCACGAUGGAAGUGUACCCAUCCUUGCACAUAUACACAUACCCGUAG